AUGUCAAACCCUAAGAAACGGAAGAAUUCAUUCAAGGAUGUGGCAAAAAAGGUAAAGGAGAUCAGUGUCCAGUUGAAGAAAAUGAAAAUUCCUUUCUCUGUUCUGAAUGGAGAUUCUCCAGAGAAAUUGGAAAGAAAGAAGAGUAUCAGCCGUUGGAGACUCAAGGGGGUUCCCCAGGGAUGUUUGGCUGUCUAUGUCGGCCAAGAAAGGCAAAGAUUUGUGAUUCCGACGACUUAUUUAUCGCAUCCGGUAUUUAUGAUGCUUCUGGAGAAAGCAAGGGAAGAAUAUGGAUUCAAGCAGAAAGAGGGCUUGACAGUUCCCUGUGAUGUGGAGGCCUUUGAAAACGCCAUGUUCAUAAUUCAAAGCAGUCAAUCGGCUUCCGGACAGUUUAAUCUCGAAACCCUGGUGAACAAUCUUCCUCUCAAAACCCCACCUUUGACGCCGCAUGAGUGA